AUGGAAGCUAUCAAGAAAAAGAUGCAGAUGUUGAAGUUAGACAAGGAGAAUGCCAUUGACCGAGCAGAGCAGGCUGAGACAGAUAAGAAGGCAGCUGAGGACAAAUGCAAGCAGGUAGAGGAUGAGCUGGUAGCUCUGCAGAAGAAGUUGAAAGGAACUGAAGAUGAGCUGGAUAAAUACUCAGAGGCUCUCAAAGAUGCCCAGGAAAAACUGGAGCAGGCUGAGAAGAAGGCCACUGAUGCUGAAGGUGAGGUGGCAGCUCUGAACAGACGCAUCCAGCUCGUGGAAGAGGAGUUGGAUCGUGCCCAGGAACGACUGGCCACAGCCCUGCAGAAACUGGAGGAGGCUGAGAAGGCAGCAGAUGAGAGCGAGAGAGGAAUGAAGGUUAUUGAGAACAGAGCAAUGAAAGAUGAAGAGAAAAUGGAAAUUCAGGAAAUGCAGUUGAAGGAGGCCAAGCACAUUGCUGAAGAAGCCGACCGCAAGUAUGAGGAGGUUGCCCGUAAACUGGUUAUUUUGGAGGGUGAACUGGAAAGAGCUGAGGAGCGUGCAGAGGUGUCUGAAGUUAAAUGUAGUGACCUCGAAGAAGAGUUAAAGAACGUCACAAACAACCUGAAAUCUUUGGAAGCUCAAUCUGAAAAGUACUCGGAAAAAGAAGAUAAAUAUGAAGAAGAAAUCAAGAUUCUCUCUGACAAGCUGAAAGAAGCUGAAACUCGUGCGGAAUUUGCCGAGAGAACUGUUGCCAAACUGGAAAAGUCUAUUGAUGACCUGGAAGAAAAACUUGCCCAAGCCAAGGAGGAGAACUUGGGCUUGCACCAGACACUGGACCAGACGCUAAAUGAACUGAACUGUAUAUGAGAGGCGCAGAGCUGACAGCAGCCAACAGGAGCCAGCCCUGUCCCUGCAUCGCCCCUCUCUCCUCUCUCUCUGUAUCCUGGAAAAGCCAAUUAAGUUAUGACCAGCACAGCCACCCGAUGGGCUCGGGCAGCCCCCGGGAGCCCCUGCCCUGCCGGGGCCGCUGCACGGCCCGUGCCUGGCUGUUCCUCACGGUUCCGUAGUCCUUUCAUAUAAACCCCAGUAGAAGCUGCACCCGAGCGGUGGCGCCGCCUCCGCGCGCACCUGUCCCUGCCGUUUCAUA